AUGAUUCGUGGUCCACUCGUCAUCUCCCUCUCUCCCUCUCUCUCUCUCUCUCUCCACUUUCUUCCACCGAGCGCGUGCCAUGGCUAGUUACUUUUUGAAUUUUUAGAGGGCGGAGAAGGAUUGCGAGGCGCGAAAAAAAAAAAAAAGGAUAUCGGGGUUCUUUGGAAAGUUUGACAGAAACCCUAAUCUGUUUCUGACGGAAGAAGAAGAAGAAGAAGAAGAAGAAGAAGAAGACUCUGUCCUUUCUUUGUGCUAAUGCUUCUGCUUCCUUUCUUCAUUGCAUAGGAGUAGCCCUCAUUCUUUUUCUUCUUCUUCUUCUUCAAUAUCUUACUUCCCAUUGCCCCUUACAAUCCCCCGGCAUUUGAAAUAAUUACCUUAAAAUUCAAGAUUUUGCUGGUUUCUGCAUUCGAGAUUGUUCGAAGAUAAAAUGUGGUCAAAGUCAAGUCGUUGUUCACCAUAGUAGUCAAGAAAUUUGACAUCUUGGACUCUGCCCGCCGCCCUACGCUCUCUCUCCAUCCUUUUGAUGUUCUUUAAGAAUAUAAUAUUCAAGUCUUUGUUUCUACUGCAUAAGAAACAAUGGCGAAUCAAUGCACUCAAAGGCAGAUGCUGAUUCAGAAUGAGAAUUUGGGCAUUCACCACAAAAAGGUAGCAGCUGAUAAUAAAACCAAGAGCUUUAGAACAGGUGCCAAGAAACUCAAAGCUGGGGUUGGAAGUCGUAAAGCACUUAAUGAUAUUACCAACAAAUCAACUCUUCCUCAGGAAGUAUCCUCGAAGAAAAAGAAUUUAUCAGAGGAGUUUAACAUUGCAGAGGAAAUGAUUUUGCAUGAUCACAAAAAAUGCAUUGAGGCACAGCAAGCAGCAUUACCACUUGGAUUUAUAUUGGACACUCUUCUUCCAGGACAUGAUUCUGUAUUUCCUGCUGAAUAUCCUGAUCCUAAAGAAGCGAAGGAUGAUCAGGAUAGUCCACGCUGCUACCCUGAACCCGUGGAACUACCCAUGUCUGAAUUCUCUCAUUGGUUGCAUUCUUCUCCUGAAUGGGACUCCCCUCAAUCUUCUCCGGUACACUGGGACUCUCCUCCAACCUCCCCUUUUGCAUUUGAGCCAGUUGAAUUUCAGCUGAAGGAUGAUAAUGAGGACAUGUUUCUGCAUUUUCCUUGUUCAUGAUAAACAAUUCAGAACCCCUUUUUUAUCCAUAAGACUCAUAUAUCUUUCUCAGUUAAUUCUGAUCAUUUGUUUGCUUGAAGGGAAAAUGGUUGGUUGCUUGCAAGGUUUUAACACAGGAUUAAAUCAGAGGGGAGGUGAUAAAUCAAUCACUGAAAUGUUUAGAACUGUGGCUGUUGUUUAGAAAGCUUACUGGUUUUGUUAGUUCCAUGCUUUUAAUGAUUUGUUUGAUACAAGAAUGUAAUUGGUCUUUUUACUUUUGUACAUUUGGCAUUUAAUUUUUCAUUUCAUCUCACUGGUCAUACAUUCUAUUUUGGUGUAUGUGACAAUGGGUAACUAAUUAAAUUUGUCU